GCGACACGCUCUACACGUACUCCGAGCUGCGCUCUGGCUGGAUUUGCUUGACCAAGAAGUCCGGGAAAGAACUCCAAGAAAGGACGUUGAGCAUUGCCGAGAAGAAGAUGUUCGACGAGGCCAAGCUGACGGAGAUCGGCAACUUGGAGGGCUCCAAUGCCAUCCGCUUUGUGACCAAUCCGAACGAGAUCCAGAGGAUCAAGGAAAGCUUUGGCCACCGGAUCAUGCCCUCAAGGUUCAUCCUCACCAAGAAGCAGCAAGAAGUCGGACAGAUGUGGAAGGCCAAGGCCAGGUGGAUCUUGCUGGGACACAAAGACCCGAAUGCACAGCAGCUUGAGCGCCAUGCACCGACCCCGGCGACUCCCACGGUUUACCUUGCGUUCCAGAUCCUGAGCAGCCUUCGCUACAAGCUUGUCAUCAUGGAUGUCAGCAGCGCUUUUGGCCAGUCCGCAAAGACAGACACCAUCAUCCAGAUCCUUACCGCGGUCUAUGGACUAGUUAACGCACCGGCCGUGUGGAGAAAAACGGUGCAGCGGGUGUUGGAUCAACUUGGCUAUGUCGAAUCUACUUUCGACCCUUGUCUCUAUUAUCUCCCGUUCCUGGCUUCCGAGAAUCCUCAACGACUUCGAGGUUGCGCAGGCCUGGUGCCACUAGAUGUGGAUGAUUUUGUUCAGGGAGGAAAUGAAAGACAUAGCCAGCUGAUGGAAAGUUUGCGCCAGAAGUUCCGAUUUGGGAAAUGGCGAGUGAUCUACGGCUCCUCUGGAGAGUACCUUGGCAGGACUGUGCAUCAGACCGAAGAGUUCGAGAUCCACGUCUCCAUGGACAUCGAGGAGAAGCUUAAGCCCAUCAUCCUCUCCCGGGACAAGGUGAAGGAUGAAAGCCGAGUCUUGGAUGCCUCCGAGACCACUUUGGUCCGUGGGGCAGGCGGAUCGCUGCUGUGGAUCGGCAGAGAAUGUCGGCCAGAUCUUGGGGCCUCCUGCGCGAUGAGUAUGUCGUGGUCCAAGGAGGGGCCGACAGUUCGCAACAUCAAAUUCAUCAACAAGACGAUCCAGGAGCUCCACAACACCCCGGAGGUGCUGCUCAAGAUCAUUUCGAUCAGCCUCGAAGACGGCCUUUGGAUGGUCUUUUCGGAUGCUUCGGUCGGCAACGAUGGAGAUAAAA